AUGGGCCCAACAGCUUUGCCGACGAAGCUUGCCAUCUUGGAUGCGUUCGCCAGCUUGGCUGAUGAAGAUGUUUACCGCGAUUAUCUCCCGAUUGAAAGAGACGAGACUGGACUCAACCGCGGCAGAAUCGCUGAGAUCAUGUCGAACUAUGCUUUCCAUGCCAAUGUUGGUGGCCAGGAUCGCGAGUUCAAUGAGAAAGAAUUCGGAGAACUCAUGCGGCUUGUGUAUGAAGAGAAACUGUAUGAGAGAAUAGCGAAGCUGAAUGCAGCCGUCAAGAAGGUCCAAGGGACGUGGGACGCACUGAAGACAUUGAGCGCUAGCCCAGAGAGCUCCCUGGUGGAGCAGACGUUCACGAAGCAGUUACACUCAGCUGAAGCAAAGGGUCUACGCGCCGAAACGCCCGUGUCUCUGUCCGAUACCGCUAUGGGCGAGAAGCUUCUGAAGAACAUUGUUACACUUCGAGAGAAGGCCGAGAAAGUCGUGAAGGAAGCGAAAACUGAUGCGAUUACUGGAGCGAUCGAUGCCGUCAAAAGGAUUGUAAUGCAUACAGCCUUCGAGAUGCUGGAGCUAUAUAUGCUCAAAGCUGAGGAAAAGUAUGCAGAGUACUUCACUGCACUCAUGGCCUUAAUCGUCCAAGAGAAAAAGCAAGGGUCGAUAUUACCCGCUGGUGAUGUGGUUGGCAGUGCCAGACAAGAGAGAAAUCGGCGUGAAGCUGCCUUGGUCGACUUUGGGAAGUUCUAUCGACGCGUGAGGAAUGUCCAAACUCAUGCCCUGCUAACAAUCGACCUGGCACAGGGCAUCAACGAUUGGUUGAAGAGCAGUCCGUCAGUCCUUGCUGGGAAAAUCGCCAUGUCGCUCCUUGACGUGCAGGGCAAUAUCAUGAGCGGCGAACUCAGCGAGGCUCGGAAGAUAUACAUCGAGGACCUCAAACCAGCUCUGCAAAUCGAAAGUCAGGCUCCUGUACAAAAACUUCUGGACAUGCGAAUGCCGUUGGACGUCUAUACGUUCGGAGACAAUGUUGUUAUUACAGUAGCCAGCCCUGUUCGUGGCAUCGGUCUACCUAAUUGUGCACCGGUGCACGGCAUUUGUGAACUAAACGCAACGCCUUCCGGAGCAGCCUCAUCCAUUGAAAGCCAGGUGACAAAAGGCGAUGACGGUGUGUAUACUUUGCGAGCUCUCGCGGAACCCGAGGAUGAAGAGGUCACCGGCGCUGUCGCUUUCUUCAACCUGCCACAGCCGCUGAGAGAUAGUGGGGACGUCAAAUAUGGUUACCACAACGUGAAAGCAGGUGAUCGUGGCGCUAGGAUCUCAUAUAACAAGCCAUUCGCGGAAGGAGUUACGCCCAAAGUCUUUGCCUGGCUGGUCAAGGGCUACUUCAAGAAAGCGGGCGAAGGCACGACGUGUUCGGUCUCCGCCUCCACCCCAGAGGUCCACCCUCAUGAGGUUUUACAGCUGAAGGUCGAAAAGCCUGAAGGAGUCGUUGCACAAAUAGGCUGGAUGGCGAUUCAUCCAAAGAGAACGGAUCUUAUUGGGCAAGUUGUCACCGUCAAAGUUCCUGACGCGAUGGAUAAAGGCGGUGUGGCCAAGAAUGAUGAGCUCCAGACCAAGUGGAUGCUCACGUUCCCCAACAGUCCAAAGCGAAAGAUGCGACUUGUGACAACGUUCAUUAGUGGUUAUGAGUCGAAGGAUCGUGUUCAAGCGAGGACCGCUCUUCAAACUCUCAGCAAUGCCUUCGUUGACCUGGAGACCCGAGCUUCGAUAACAUUUACGACCUUUGCAUAUCUGCCGCCAGAGGACCAGAAAGUGAUCUUGCCGUCAUGGGGAUAG